AUGCCGCAGCAGCAGCAAAAGCAGCAGCAGCAGCAGCAGCAGCAGCAGCAGCAGCAGCAGCAGCACAAAGAGGAGCAGCAGCAGCAGGAAGAAGCAGCAGACGAGAAAGAGACAGCAACUCCGCAGCACAUGGACACAGCAACCACCACAAUGGCUGGGACACCUACAGAAGCAGCAGCAGCAGCAGCUGCUGCUGCUGCUGCUGAGACUCCCACCGCAGCAGCAGCAGCAGCAGCAGCAGCAGCAGCUGGCAGCAGCACUCCUCAAAGCCCUCCCAGUCCUGCGUCCCCUGCCACCAAGACAGAAGCCUUGCAGGUGGUGGCUGUGGGGGAAGCUGACGACGACCCUUUGCUGCUGCAGUUUUUGCGUUAUUUGCAAAACGGAGAAGUGCAGUACACAGAAGCUGUAGUUCUUGCCGGGGGAAUCAGCUCUUUGCUGCCUCGCUAUUCGCUGCUGCUGACGGACUCGGACAUUUUGCUGCCGGGCCCCACUGAAAUCAUUGCUCCAAAUACCAAACUCAUGAAGGAGGAGCCUGCGACUGACUUCGCUUUGUUCAUUUCGGACUCUCGGGUUGCCUACGGAAACCCGCAGGCACUCCGGCACUUCAAUAUCGAGUUACCUUCAGUGUCGACGCAAAACACUUUCCUUAUGCAGAAGCUGCAGCAAUUGUGCUUCAGGCCUACAAUGAAGGCAAAGCCAUACUCGUGUUUGACAGCUGCGGCGAAAUCUUCGCCCCAGGUGAUGAAAGCCGCCGCGGCAUUUCGUGUGGCAGAGGAGCUGGACAACACAGUGGUUACUGAACUGUACCGGCUCGCCGGGGGUUUGCGGCAGCCCCUAGACAAGGGCCCCAUCAUAGGAGAUGAGCAGGGGCCCCUUCUCAUAUCUUAUCCGGAGCCUUGCCAGUCGCCAAACACAGAAAAUGCCACCGCCGCGCCAGAUAUGCCUUGUCAGGAAAAUCCUGUCGACGAAUCGCCGAACACGGAAGUAUUGGCCGCGGAAGCUCUGAAGGCAUUUCUCAAAACUGCAAAACCCCAAGAAGUUGAAGAGGGUUUAGGAGUGGUUUAUAAACUCUUAAACAAUGCUGCUAGAAACCCUCAUGAUGAGCGUUUUAAAAGAGUCAAACUCGACAAUCCGAAAAUAAAAGAGGCCGUUGCUAAGCAUCCCCAUCUCCUGCGGUUCUUGCGUCUGGCUGGCUUCACUGGGGGCCCAGGAACCACCGAGUUGGUGCUGCCAGCAGAUUCAUCCCCAGCGCGCCUGCAGGCGUGUCUUGCUGCACUGCAGCAGCAGCAGCAGCAGGAGCAGCAGCAGGAGCAGCAGCAAGAGCAGCAGCAGCAGGAGCAGCAGCAGCAGGAGCAGCAGCAGCAGGAGCAGCAGCAGGAGGCCGGCGCAGCACAAGUGGAACAGCCACAAGAACAAAGCUCCGAGCAGCAGCAGCAUGAGCAGCAGCAGCAGCAGGAGCAAGAGCAGCAGCAGCUCCAUGGGCAGCAGCAGCAGCAGCAGCAGCAAGCUGAACAGUUUCCAGCAGCGGCACCAGCAGCACAAGCCGCAGCAGCAUGA